UGGGUAAAGUAUGAGCAUGAGUGAAAACUUAUGCAAUGCUGCAAUCGAAUUGCAGUUUUAAUAGAUUAUUGUUCGAGCCGGCGAAGGCCAUAACCGAACAAAAAAAAAAAACAAAAUGUGACUAUUGUGAUAAGUAACUGAACAGGAUUUUGUCCAUUGUCAGUUACACCUUGAGUGGUUGAGUCGAGUACAGCUCAUGACCUUCCAGUUAAAUUUUUGAACCGGUAAUGAAAAGCCCAUGGUCAAAAAUUGAAAGGUAAAAUGAUACGCUGAGUAUAGCUCAUAGCUAUAGUUACGUUGAGUUUGGCUCAUAACUAAAAAAAAAAGAAACGUCCAACACUGGAAAAUGAGGCUUGCAAAAUAAAACCAAGAAGUGAGCUGCACUGUGUGGAAGUAAGUGACGUUGGUUUUGUGCAACAUGCAUUUAUACGAAAAGGGAGAAAAGAGACAAGCUACGGGCUUAAUUGUGGAAAAGGAAAGAACAACACAACACAUUGCCAGGAAAAAAAACCUAAGACUCGAGUAAAAUUACAAUUUAUGCACAAAAUUUCCUUACAUAUUUACGGUGGCAUUUAUUUAGCGUGUAUAUGUUGGUGCGUUCCAUACUUUUAACGUAGGUUUGCUAACCUUCAUGCCAGUAGCUCUCGUGAGUGGAAACUCCAUCUGUCUCUCUCCAACUGUCAUUCUCUAGCAAGUAGAAAUGAGACAGCAAGGCACAUCAGAUGCAGCGCAAAAAGCUGAGGUGCGGCUGUAGAGCGAAAAAAUUGUUUCCGUACGACGACGCUAGCAUGUGCAACGACAAAGGUUCUAGCAGGUUUUUGUUUGUGCGUGAAAAUUACUUGAUUAACCGCGGUAAAGUUUUCCUUCCGGUUGAGUAUUACGUGAAAUGAGUGGUCAUUGGCGAGAAAGUGACCGUUCAUCGUCGGACGAUUCGGAUGCGGAGGACAGGAAAAUUUACGUGCCACUACGCGAUACGACGACCACGGCUCGAAGCCUAUCGCAGCCGAAAUCGGAGUGGUUGUCCGGUACAUGGCCAUUGAAACCUUUCGAUGAAACUUUGCCGACUAACAAACGAAAGGCGGAAUGGAUUCGGUUCCGUGACCAAUUUGAAAGAAUCGUGUCGUGUAAAGCGCCUGUUGGAUCAAGUACGAGGCUCACAGGAAUGAAAAUAUUUGCCGGAAAUUAUUUGUUGAGCAUUAUCGAGCUACAUGAAGAGCUCUUGGCGGCGGACUCGACCGACGUGUACUUUGAUACAGUUUCGGCACUGAACAGGUAUUUCAAUCAGACGUGUGACUCGGCUAAGGAACGCUUGAAGUUUCGCGAGAUGCGCAUGAGCGUAAACGAAUCUUUUGGAGACUGGGUGCUGCGGCUCGAAGCACAAGCAAAACUUUGCGAUUUCGCUGGCCAACAACGCGAGGAGGAGUUUGUAUAAGCUCUUUUGAGACGUUCCAUCCCCGAAAUCGCCGACAAACUGUAUGAGAUGUCCGACGUCUUCGAGAAUGAUCUUCAGCGAAUCAUCAAGCAUGGCAAGCACUUGGACUAUAUCCGAGCUGAAGCGGCCGACCAGAACAGAGCACCAAAGGAUGCGCCAAGCAGCUCAAAUGCAGAAAGGAGUGUGGAAAAUUUUGAGACUCGGCCAGUGAA